AUGCUUGUACCUCAAAAUGAGGACAAAAGCAAAGCCGCAAAUCCAAAAAGCCUUCAUGCAUUCUUGCAUCGGCCACUUUGUCAAAUUUAUUGCAAGGAUGUAUGCAGAAAGGAUGAAGGGACAUUUAAAUACAAUUCACACUUUAACUUCUGCUUCCAACAGCAGACUCCUUCACCACGUAUGGUAGUAUUCUUGAUUGGAGUAGCUUUUUUUAUAUCAAUCAAGCUCAACGAAAGUCAGAAUAACAACGAAUCAUCCUCUUCUACCAUUCGAUCGUUAUUGGGACUUUUUGCAACAAUCAUCUUUUCCAAACGUCUUUUUGAUCGCUUCCAAUAUACCACAGAUUUCGAGAUGAACGGACGUCAAUUGUUGAUGGCAAGUCAAUCAGACAAUAAGUCAGCAUUUAAUACCCGUGAACCGUUCAAACUUCAACCGCCUCCGUUUAGAAAGCGAGAAAAGCGUAAAGGUAGAUUGUUUGGAAGACAAGGCUCUCUCUCAAGCGAGUCCUCCAGUCCGAAACAAGAUGAUGGAAUUGGCGAAAGAUCAGAUGUGGUAGGGUUUAUGAAACCUCAAAGUGGCUUCACGUUCAUGCCUUCUGGGUUCAACAAACAUGAGGGUGAUACAGUGCUUUCGCCUAAGCAAAUCCUAGCAAAUGACGACCGUUUAUUUUAUCCUCCUCCCUCUGCUUUUUCGGAUGAUGAAGAGGAAAGUGAGCUAAGAGCAAGUCAACAAGCAACACCGAAAGCAACUCAUUUUAACUUCUCAAGUCUACGUAAACGAUCUUCUUCUAGUGCAACGGAAAGUAAACAAAGUGAAAAAGCCAAAACAACUUCAUCAAAGACGAGUAGUGUGACGAAUGGUACAUUUGGGGUAUUGAGAAGGAGAAGCAGCGUGCAGGCGACGCAAAAUAGUCAACAAUCCUGCAAUACGCAAGAUGAUCGUUCUAGUGCAACAACAUCUUCUCUGAGUGACGAUAUCUUGGGCCACCAAAUCAAAACAGUCAUUCCACAACGUAGGAGCUCAAAAGAAGUACACACCGUGAUCAGUGUGCCACCGCAAACGCCUGUAUCACCAAAGAAGUUGGAAGAUCUACAUUCUCCCGUAUCAAUCGCUGGUUUUGAGCGAUAUCCUCCAGCAAAGGAAGAAGAUCUGCUUGUUGUCAAGCAAUCAAACUAUCCAUCAUCUUGGUGCUCCUUUAAAAGUGAGCAUGAGCCACUCAGUGCAACACUGAGAAGAAUUGGAGCAGCACGAACGACAGGCUGUUUUGCCAUUGUGGACGAGGACGAUCAAGAAGAAGAGGAUGCAAUGCUCGACGUCACAACAUCUGCACCUAAGCGAUGGAUUCAACAAAUGGACAGCAAAUUCGAAGAUUGCGAAGAAGCCAAAGCGUUACUGGCGCAAAAUCGAGCAGCAACAGCAGACGCAGAAGAAGUUUUAUGUCAUCCUCGCUUGUUCGUCACGACCGAUAGCAGUGCUACAAUGAAGCCUAUUCGUUUAUCAGAUGAGAUUUUGCACGUCGACGCAGAAUCUGGAUACAACAGCGAUUCUACAUUACAAGCCAGUCCGUACCUCAAGCCAACGGCUUUCUCAUCCUGUGACGAUUUCAAGCGCAAGCCAAAUUCUUACAUUCAAAGUACACCUCGUGGCGCUCCCCACAGAUCACCUUCACCUUGUAUCCCAACAGAAGAGAAUGCAUCGUUGUGGAAGUCGAUGAGAAGGAUGUCUCAAACCUUGAGCGCAUACAUCUUUGGUAACCAUUUACGAGCAAGGUCAACAGAAACGGACCUGUUCUUUCCUGUGCCAAGUGAACAGACUCCUCGACCUGGAGUUGCUUUAGCAUUAGCAGGUCACUCUCACGGCGAUGGUUGGGGAGGCAUGCGCCCAAGAACAAGUUGGUUUCCUGAUCUGCGAUUAGGACCUUUGCUUAGCCCUUCUGCAAUUGAACAACAUCGUCCAAUGAAACUUAGAAGUUUUCACCUCAAGGCUCAACCCAGCAAAGUGAAUGCAUUGAACGAUGAAUCAGAAUGGAUCGAUGAAGAAGAGAAUGAAGAGGAGAACAAAGAAGAAGCAUGUACGAGUUCCUCCGCUGAUCCCGUCUUGCGAAAAUUGCGAGUUCGUUUCCCAAGUCAAUUGCCUGCGCCUCAUAAACAACGCAGAGAGCAGGAAGAAGAGCAACAUCGAAACAUGCAAAGUCAAAGCACGAUGUUGACGUAUACGAGCAAUAGCGUCGAAGCUAGACCUGUUCAACCUUUCGCUACCAGAAUCCGUGAUCAAAUCAAGACACAACAAGCACGCAGAUGGGCAGCUGUUCUUAUAUUUUUGGUUGUGGCAGGAGCGAUCGCCUGUGUGAUUGUUAUACUGACUGAUAAUAAUCACCAUACUGACAAGCAUGUGCUUCAAACAUCUACUGGCACCAAUGAUACCAAUGCAUUCUCUCAACCUUCGCAUAGACGAUCUUUGAUCAUGAACGCAGUACUUCAAAGUAUCGAGUGA